AUGACAGUCGCUCCAGCGACCGAAAGCUACAAGCUAGAGCUGUUGACACCUUAUGGCCCUGUGUUUCGAGAUGUUCUCAAAACUGCACCUCGAGACUGCGACUCCUCCGAAGUUCCCACUAUCGACCUCUCAAAUGUGCGCGGCAGCGAUCAGGAACGUCAAGCUCUCGCCAAGACGAUCAGAGAAGCCGCGGAGAAUACUGGCUUCUUCUACAUCAAGAACCAUGGCAUUCCCCAAGCCCAUAUCGAAGCGGCCUUGAAGCAAGCCCACACCUUUUUCUCCCAGUCCACUGAGAAGAAGGCAGAAGUCUCGUACAAGCAGUCCAAGCAUUUCAACGGCUGGUCGGAGAGGCGGGCAACCAGUAUCUCCCCCACAGAGUCCAAGGACCACAGGGAAGGCUUCAGCUUUCGGUACGACCCGAAAUACGACCCGGAGACGAAGGAUUUGGACGCGGUUCCAGAAGACGUGAAGCAGUGGCUGCGCGGCGAAGACUUUGUUUGGGAUCGCAACGCCCAUUUGCCCGACUUCAAGAACGACAUGCUUGCUUAUUGGCGGUCUUGCCUCACCCUUGCUCGGAGCUUGAUUCGAAUCUUUGCCAUUGCGCUGGAUGCGCCGGAAGAUUACUUUGACGACGUCGUUACUUAUCCCGGCAGUGACGGUGUUGUCAACUACUACCCCAAGAAUACUGAGGCGAAGGAGGCAACCAUUGAUGUCGGCUUGGGAGCUCACACCGACUUGCAAUGCUUUACCUUGCUCUGGCAGGACAACGUCGGCGGGCUGCAAGUCCUCACCAAAGACGGCCAAUGGAUCAAGGUACCGCCCGUGCAAGACACAUUUGUCGUCAACAUCGGCGACUUCCUGAUGCGGCUCUCGAAUGAUCGGUUCCAGUCGACAGUCCACCGAGUAUUCAAUUAUGCUCCGGAGGAUCGCUACUCGAUGCCCUUCUUCUUUGGCUUCAAUUUCAACGAAAAGUGCACUGUGCUUCCUAGCUGCACAAGCGAGGAGAACCCGCCAAAAUAUGAACCAAUUAGCUGCGGAGAUUGGUGCCGGUUGCGAUUUGAGAAGACGUACAGCAAGGCUUGA